GCUGAGACAGACGUCUGUUUUGAUGCGACAUGUGAUGUAGCAUGUCAACUAACCACGCACGGCUGAAUAAAUCACUACAUGCGUCGAAAUUAAUCAACGCGCGCGGACGAAACUGGAGAGAGCGCUACACAGAAAGAAACGAGUCUUGUCAAUCAGACACAGACGACGGCAGUGUAUUAGAGUGAGGCCCAGGCUCCAGGCCUCGGUGAGCUCCGGCAUGAUGGAGGGGGGUAUGCAGCUGCUGAACCGGGAUGGCCACAGCAUCUCGCACAACUCCAAGCGCCACUACCACGACUCCUUUGUGUCCAUGAACCGCAUGCGGCAGCGAGGCCUGCUCUGUGACAUCGUGCUCCAUGUGGCCAACAAGGAGAUCAAGGCACACAAGGUGGUGCUGGCCUCCUGCAGUCCGUACUUCCACGCCAUGUUUACAAAUGAGAUGUCGGAGAGCCGUCAGACCCAUGUGACCCUGCAUGACAUUGACCCUCAGGCUCUGGAGCAGCUGGUGCAGUACGCCUACACUGCCGAAAUUGUAGUCGGAGAGGGAAAUGUGCAGACCCUGUUGCCUGCAGCCAGUCUCCUGCAGCUCAAUGGAGUGAGAGAUGCUUGCUGCAAAUUCCUUCUCAGCCAGCUGGACCCCUCAAACUGCCUGGGCAUCCGUGGCUUUGCAGACACUCACUCCUGCAGCGACCUCCUCAAGUCGGCCCAUAAGUAUGUCCUGCAGCACUUUGUGGAGGUAUCGAAGACUGAAGAGUUUAUGCUGCUACCUCUCAAACAGGUGCUGGAUCUGAUUUCGAGUGAUAACCUGAACGUCCCAUCAGAGGAGGAGGUGUACAGGGCUGUGCUGAGCUGGGUGAAGCAUGACAUUGAUGGGCGGAGGCAGCAUGUGCCCCGGCUGAUGAAGUGUGUGCGUCUGCCCCUGCUGACACGAGACUUCCUGAUGAGUAACGUGGAUACAGAGCUGCUGGUGCGUCACCACUCCGAGUGCAAAGACCUGCUGAUCGAGGCUCUGAAGUAUCACUUGAUGCCCGAGCAGAGGGGUGUUCUCAGUAACAGCCGUACCCGGCCACGGCGCUGCGAGGGAGCCAGUCCGGUGCUCUUUGCUGUAGGUGGAGGCAGUCUUUUUGCCAUUCAUGGAGACUGUGAGGCUUAUGACACUCGGACAGAUCGCUGGCACAUGGUUGCAUCCAUGUCGACCCGUCGGGCUCGAGUCGGAGUCGCUGCGAUUGGAAACAAGCUCUACGCUGUGGGAGGGUAUGAUGGCACUUCAGAUUUGGCUACUGUAGAGUCAUACGACCCCGUAACCAAUGCGUGGCAACCUGAGGUGUCUAUGGGAACGAGGAGGAGCUGUUUAGGUGUGGCGGUCCUGCAUGGGCUGCUGUAUGCAGCAGGAGGAUAUGAUGGUGCUUCUUGUCUCAACAGUGCGGAGAGGUAUGACCCUUUGACCAGUACCUGGACCUCCAUCGCUGCCAUGAGCACCAGGAGGAGAUACGUUAGAGUGGCCACAUUAGAUGGCAGUUUGUACGCGGUCGGUGGAUACGACAGCUCCUCACACUUAGCAACGGUAGAGAAGUACGAUCCUCAGAGUAAUGCCUGGACUGCUAUCGCCAACAUGCUGAGCAGGAGGAGCAGCGCGGGAGUUGCUGUAUUAGAGGGCAUGCUUUAUGUGGCGGGGGGCAAUGAUGGUACCAGCUGCCUAAAUUCAGUGGAGCGAUACAACCCGAAAACCAACACCUGGGAGGGAGUGGCUCCCAUGAACAUCCGCAGGAGCACACAUGACCUGGUCGCCAUGGAUGGCUGGCUGUAUGCGGUGGGAGGCAAUGACGGCAGCUCUAGUCUCAACUCCAUAGAAAAGUACAACCCUCGUAGCAACAAAUGGGUGGCGGCGUCGUGCAUGUUCACCCGCCGUAGCAGCGUGGGGGUCGCUGUUCUGGAGCUCCUCAACUUUCCUCCUCCGUCCUCUCCCACUCUUUCCGUCUCCUCCACCAGUCUUUGACAAAGGGUAAAGACCCGGCUUAGCUCCAGCGGCCUGCCCUGCGUGGCCAAGAGGCGCAACUGCUCGGUUUGAGCAUCAGGCGAGAAGACCUUCGGGGGCGCCACAGUGCCCUCCUUCUGCCUGGAGGAACACCGCGGCAUUCUGCAGAUGAUGAGGGUAAAAAAAGGAAGAAAAGAAAAAAAAACACACUCGCUCUCACACACACCCUAGGCCUCCACAACGCUCACCCUAUAAACCCCAGUGCUUGAAAGUGCGAAAUAAUGUUGCUCUGCCAUUUUGCGGUCACUUUGUUGUAUGAUGUAUAUCUAAAUGUAUAUUUAUGUUUACGAUUCUUUUUUUGAAAUAUUAAGAAAUAAUAUAUUACACAAAACAAAACAAAAAAAGAAUGAUAAACUUUAGGAAUGUAGCUCUUGACAGGUUCUGCCACGCAUGUUUACAGAAACCCCGUCCUGGCAGAAAAUAAUAUUGUAGUGCUGCUGCGCCACACUAGGUGGCAGUAAUGUGCAAUGCUGCCCUGUCUCACCACAGAUGCGCACGGACAUUUAGAAGCAGAACAUUCACCCAAAACGGUGUCUGGAUUCUACACUACGUACACCCGAGCGCGUCAGAUCAUGUUGACGACAUAAUAUAUGUUUUACUUAUUUUCCUAUUUAUUUAUCAGAUGUAAUAUAAACAUAUGACACUAUUUCAGAGAUGUUUGAAGGACCACCUCUGACUUUAGAGGGGAGAUAUAGUUUUAACGCGCUAAUGGGCAUACUUGCUACAUAUCAUAGGAGCACUGGCGUUUUGGUAUGAAUUGUGAGAUUUAGAAAGAACAGGUAUUUUGCGUUUUAUCUAAUGUUUGGUUCGUUUUCUACAGUCCUGUAUUACAAGCCUUUGAGAGUUUGAGCUCUUCACGAGUGCAAACUUUACUAACAUGACACGUCUAUAUCACUAACCAGGAGAAAUGUCUUUUUUUUUAAUAAAGACUAUAGCCAUACCUAAAACUAGCUGUGACGUUAAAACUGCACUUUCUCAUUUCUCGGUUUUUUGAAAGGGUGAACGGUGCUCAGAACUAAUUCUGAUUCACUAACGGGUAAUCAGGAACACUGACACUUCAAUAUCAAGCCCUUCAAUGUGAGUAAAUCGGCUAUUAUAAGCUCCUAUAUGUCGUGUGUCACGUUUAUUAGUAUUUAGUCGGUAAACCAUGCCAUUGCAUUUUCGAAACUUCGUUUAUUUGCCAGGGCUGUCAGAUUUGACAGCUUGAUAGAUAUAGAUAGUAUGUGUUGUGUCGUGUUGCGAUGUCAUUGGUAAUGGCCACUACCAAUGCAUCUUACCUCAGAUAGGUAGACGAGCGAAGUUUGUGAGGAAUUAGUUUAUCUGAUGAGAGCGCAGAUCAGCCCCAAAACAAAGGACAGUUCCCCCCAAAACAUGUAUUUUACAAAACGCAAAGGAAUAUAUUUAGAAGAACUGUCUAGAUGGUGGAUGGGAAUAAAUUCAGUCGCGAGAGAAAAGGGCAGCUUGGACAUUCUGCUAAAUAUCUUCGUUUUGAAACGACAAAAGGGUGAGUAAAUUAUUUUGUUUUUUUGGGGAACUAUACCUUUAAGUCAAUCCUGCUCUCUGCCAUUUUACGUAGGUUUUAAAAUGUAGCGUAGUAUUAUAUGAUUUCAAAACUUCUGAGAAGUUAGGAUUUUGUUUCCUUUUUUUUUAAAGGACUUUGUUAAUUCAGAGACACUUGCUUAAGGACCGUAUGAGUUGGUGUCUAGGGAGAUCAGACUGCUGUGUAUGUGUGUUUCUGUAGAGGUGAAGCAUCCUGCACUUUGACCAUACAUGCGUAACACCACAGGACCACAACCCCACCGAAAGAAAUUACAAUAAAUGUAUAUAACCAAAUAUCCUGAAACUAUGUGCAAUGUCAAUGUUACUGUGGCUUUCUUUUUCUUUUUUUUUUUCUUUUUGGAUUGUAAUGUUGUUGAAUGUGUUAUUUAUAUUGUGCCGGUUAUGUUUUGCUAUAUUUAAAAACAAACAUGAAUUUUUUGCACUAAUGUCAAAUGGAGCAAUAUACUGCUGUAUAAAAUCUAAAAACACUACUGUAAAUGAAAUAAAGCUGUUUUCAAGUGGAA